AAAGGCCACAUGACGUCACAUACGUUCCCUAACCUUUGACCUAACUCAUCUUACUUCCGGUUGCGUUGUUGUGACGAUUUGUCUUGGAACGAUGCAGUUUUUUGUCGUGUAACUCGUGAUAUUUACGACUUUGAAAAUCAUAAUAGCACCAGAACUAAGGAGAGUUAUUGAAUUGAGCAAGAGAGUGAACAGAGGUGAACUGUAAGCCAUGGCGCUCGUGAAAAAGGACGAGAAAUCCAUGGCUGUUUCUACCACAGACGGUGGGGAGGGGGGCAAAGCAAAGAAGCCUCCUAAGAAAGUAUUGGACGAGGACACCUAUGUGCAGGACCUUGAGACGAUCAUCCAGCGAGACUUCUUCCCGGACUUGACAAAGCUGAAGGCUCAGCAGGAAUACCUGGAGGCUGUGGAGACCAACGAUCACCAGAAGAUGAGGGAGUUGGCCAUCAAGUACGGGUCCACCCGUCUCACAACCAGGCUGCGCACAGAAACACCAGGGGCAUAUACACCAGCUACGUUUGAGACACCGGACGUGGACAGCUCCAGAGGACGGGACUCCCCGACGUCUCACCGCUCAGCUGUCAAUCACAGCCAGCAGGAGGGCGACGGGCCUCCAGAGAAGAAAGCGAAACAAGACACAGACCUACCCUUGGACAAGUACCUUGCCAAGAACACCAGUGAAGACAACGCGUCCUUCGGCACCAUCAUGGAAGUGACAGAAGAAAAGAACAGGCAGAAACAUGCGUGGCUCUACGACGCCGAGAAGGAGCACUCAGAAAAACAGAAGGAGAUCCUACAGCUGAAGGGUCCUGAGCAGCUGGCGAUAGAGGGCUCCACUUCAAGUGUGGACACGUGGAGUUAUAAAGCCAAGAACGCACUAAUGUACUACCCUGAAGGUACCGAGUCAGCAGAGGAUGUGUUCAAGAAGCCGCGAGAAAUCCUCCACAAGAACACGAGACUUGUGAGAACCCCAUUCGACUCGGACGUGGCCAGGUCGAGACUGCAGCAAGUAGCCGGAGUCAACGCACAGAUCAAGAAAGGGAAAAUAGGGCAUGAUGGGAAGGAAAUUCUGCCGGAGGACACACCCAAGGUCAACGGCUUUGGUUUUGUGGCGACACCGUCACCUGCACCUGGUGUCGAUGAGUCUCCCCUGAUGACCUGGGGUGAGAUAGAGGGCACACCGUUCCGACUGGAUGGGUCUGACACACCCGCACCAACCACACCCGGGUUCAAGAUAAAUGAGCCGAGGAAAAGGGAGAGAUUAGCCCGAGGGCUGGUGGAGAAGAUUGGCAAGAGCCACCGCGCCAAGAAAGAGGAAGCACUGAAGAGGAUGACAGCAUCAUUUGCAAGCCCUUCUCCGACUUUCGGCUCCCUGAAGUCGAUGGACCGACUCAACACCAUGUCGCCAGCCGCUCAGAGACUCAUCAAUCGAACUUCCACUCGGCGAAGCACGACCGACAAGGCGCUGCGAGCGAGCUACAGUCCCUCGCCCGCUCGCUUGGGAGCAGGCAACACUCCAAUAAGACUCACCCCGCGCAACACGCCUCUGAGCGUACGCCGCUCGCCAAGACACAGCAAAACUCCAACUCUCCCCAGUGCAAGUUCAACUACAGACGCUUCCUCGCUGUCGGAUAACCUUCUGAACCUGCCCAACACAAGACCUACCAGGAAAAAAGCAACCGAUUUCUUCUGAGAUUCCUUCCUUCUUUCAUACUGAUUUAGUUUCUUGGAACUAGAAAAUUUCUCAGACAUUUUCAUGUACAGUUUUAGAAGAUGACAUCAUGAAAACAGAGGGCUGUUUCUUGACUGUAACUUUGUGCAACAAAAUACAGGCUUUCCCCUCACACUCUAUUUUUAUGUUGAUAUGGCAAUCUAGCAUUAUUUAUUGAAGUCUGAGAAACAAAAAAAACAAAAAUGAUUGGCAUGGCCUAAUAUGUAAAAGAGAGGUUUUGUAAAGUAAAUGUAUAUGUCUAGAUAAUGUUGUUCAUCUAUUGUCACUAAGUCUGAUCUAAUGUUAGAAAGUUGGUAACAAGUGACAAGUGUAUGAUUUGUUUAUAAUUUGACUUUGUUGUCUGCCACUUUGGAAUCUUGCAUUCCGUCAUCUACUUAAAACACUUAAGUGCACUGAAAUGUCUAAACACAUGGGACAUAAAUGAACCAUGUUGAGGGGGGAUACAAACUCAGUCACAUUUUGGACCACAUUUUGUAGAAGUAACUUAUGAUUGUUUCCAAACCUCUAAGUAUUGUUGCCUGGCAAAAUUUAAGUAUUUAUCUGCCAGGGGACAAUUCUUAAUGUUAAAAAUGUUUGACUGCCUUUGUAACAGUGCAGUAAUAGCUGCAGUGCAAAGUAAAACCAGUCAGUAUACAUUUUUUUCACGCGGCGGACAUGACAGAACAAAAAUGAAGUCAAUGGGGCAAACAAACAAAAGUUGAAUAUAAAAUCAGCUCCCAUUCAGUUUUUCUCCCAUGCUAGGUUUCUAAAUAUGAUGUCAAAUGAUAAAUAUUGUCUACUAAUUUUAUGCACAGAAAAGAUGUAGCAAUUUAGAGUAGCGUAGAGAUGCAAAAUAAAAAAAUAAUAAUGCAAAUAUUUGAUGGACUUUCAGCCAUUUUCUAAUUGGUCGAUUUGCUAAUUGCCACACUAUCAUUGGUUAUUGGCCAAACUCCUGAUUAUGAUGGACAGUCUUUUGUUUGCCACAUUGGCCUCUUUUUCAAUCUUUCAUGUCCACCGUGUGAAAAAGGUGUAUUGCCCUGAGGAAAGUGAUCGGCAGGUAUCAAAAUGUUGUCACUUGUAAAUAUGUGGUUGUGAAUAAAGAACUUUGCGACACACUG